AAAUAACUUAAAAAUUCAGAAACUGAUGCCAGCUGGUGAAGACGAUCUACUACUUGGGCUGAGUUUUGAAAGCUGGUCAGACUAAGCUGGAUUUUUCAGCUGGGAAGUAACAAAAAGGUCAAUUAAUGUGUGUUUUAUUAAUAGCGAAAAACAUAUUAAUAGGUCUAUCAUUUUUAAUGUUUACAUCUCCCUUAGUGAAUGUGAUAUAUAUUUUUUCUAAUAGCUUUUAGAUCAUCUCAGCUGUUACCUCCCACAUUUUUCCUGUUUUCUUUAGGAUCAACAAGACAUUUCUGUGUUGUUUGUUUAAUUGAGAGUCUCCUCAUACUCUCUGUCAGGGUGAUUUUGUGUAGUUUUAGUGACUUGUGUAGUUUUAGGUAAGUUGUUAUUGCACCUAGUCAUCAAAAAUGGGAACUACAACAAGCUCUAAGCUGGCUUAUACCUAUUACCUAUACAUAUUCCAGCUGUAACAGAGGCCCAUUGGGGCAGGAAUCACCCUGCCCCAUGCUCGCUUUUUACAUAUGAAAGUUUUUUUUUUAAUGAGUGGGCCAGGAGCAGCGAACAGGACAGUUAAUGAUACCUCUUCUGUGUUCGUCUCUCACACUGUGACAAUUGUGUCAGAACCACACCUGCUAUAUCAAAGGUAGUUGAAUUUCUUUUUUAAAAAAUCCAUUUGAACAUAAGUUAGCAAAAUGAACACUGAUAUCUUUUUAGUGCAGUUUUCAGUCUUUUCCUUAAUUGAUUAGAAAGGAUGUUGACUAACAAGUUUACUUUACACUGUUAUCUAGCUAGCUGUGUAACUAGCUAGGUUGUUAAUGUGUCUUUGGAGUGCAAUUACAACCAGAAACCAUCAGAUUUGCACCAAUUGCUUAAAAAAUUGUAACGUCAGAUUUCAUUAAAGCCAUGAUCGAAAAUUUUGUGCAUCCAAAAGAUUAACUAAAGCUAAAUGUCUUUACAAAUGAGGCAAAUAAACAGUGUGGUAGCAGUGUUAUGUCAGAGAGGUUCAGUUUGAUCAACUAAGGGAAUUGUAUUUUUUUACUUUUUGUGAGGCUGUUUGUCUUAGCUGAAGCACUAGAUUUUAGAUCAGACUACACCAUUCUGCUUUCUUGUUGAAAAUUCUUGUAGAUUCUCAACUUUUACUCUAAAAAUUCUGUAAUAGCCUUUAGAAUAAGUCAAGUGUGAUCGCCUCUCAACUUAAUGUUGUUUGAGGCUACUAUUUAAUGUUGUCGUACCCCAACAAAAUCUAUGGUGACGAGAUGCUCCUCAAAAUGAUUACAGGAAGAAUUUUUCCAAAUGAGAUGUCCUUGCUCACCUGAAAGGGACUUUAUUGACUGCACUUAUUGAUGUGUUUCCUAGCUGUAUUCACUGUUAUAACAGAUCUGCAUAUACACAACACUGGUUACAUACAAAAAUUAUUCUUAGUGUAAUCUAAAAUGUUAAUGGUUUAGCCUGCACAAAAUUCUACUCAUCACAUGACUUCUUUAAACUUUAAACCAAGACAUAUUCAUUGACUUUCAUGGCAAUAUUUUUAUUUUUAAUCAUUGUUACUUUAAUUAACAUUAUUCAUUUUAUAUUUAUGGUUCUUGUUAUUGUAUAAUUUAUUGUAAUUUGUUGUCUGAGAGAGGGGGAGCAUUUAUAAGGUAGGCCUGCGUCACGCGCUGCUACGACAACAACAACAACAACAACGUUACUUCCGCGUAGGAAGCACCUGUGUAUCUUUCUCUUUCCUCUCUGCUUCAUUCCUCCGACUGCAUUUUAAGAAUUUGUACAUCCUUUAAAUGGCUAACUCAAUCAGUUUUCGGCUCACAGGCUGAAUCAGGUAGGACUGAGGAAUCAAGGAACAGACAUCCGUUAGAGCUCUGAAAAGUGUUAAGCUCUUUGAAACUUCGCUCACCCCAGAAUGCCCGGAUGAGACAGCGGUAUAUGAUUUGCCCAUAUGACUUCCGCGUUGUUGCAACGGAUAUGUAGUUCUCAGAAACGGACUACUAGAACUACAAGCAUAUACUAUUCACAUAUACGAAAUGUACAUUUGUUAGUUAUUCCAGUAAAGCACUUUUAAUAGAAUUAAUCGACUUUCGUGAGAAUUUUUUUUUAUCAGUGGUGACGUAUUUUCAACACAUUUCCGCAAGUGGGCGGGGCUUCUGAGAACAGAGAGCUACCGUUCCUCCAAUGAAAUCGCUCAGCGGUGCAGCUGGUGGUAAUGCAGCGCGUGAAUGAAAGUACACAAAGAAGGCCUUUAACGGAAACCUCGUCGGCGUCAACGAGCGGAAUCUGACGCGAGGUGUUUUCACUCCAGUCCAACAUUUGUUGGGAUUUCUUUGCUUUCUGGACUGUUUAAACGUUUGUGAUAUGACAACUGAGUAAUAUUUCAGCGGAUAAACAGAAGGACAACGACGAGAUUACUAAUUAUGAUUUGAUGAUGUGACUUAAAAGAAGCAGAUGUCCUGUGCUGGGAGCUAAGGUAAAUACCAAGAUCUUCCAGUCACUCAAGGUGGUGGAAGAGGAGCUUGGGAGAAUAAAUGUGCGCAAGUGUUUGGGAUCUGGUCUGACUGGAUUUUGGCACUAUACAUACACCCACACACAAUCCAGUUUGAUAGCCUGAGAGGAAAAAAAACUACACUACUGCGCUUGAGUGAUUGUAGCGGACUGUGAAGAGAUUGCCAUGAAAGGGGUGAGCUCCAAGUAUGCAUUCGUGCUGGGCUUUCUGGUAGGAUGCUGCACUCUUUACUUCUUCCUGAAGGAGGUGUGGUUUGAGCAAAGCUCCAGCCUGUGGCUCAGUGCACAGCAGAAUGAGCAGACCAGCAACAACUUCAGCUGGGUGGUGCAGCGUUCUGCUCUCAUCAGCCUGAAUCACCCUCAUCAUACAGGUGAGGACAGCCAUGUUGCAGAUGAGCUUUACAAAAAAGUACGUAUCCUGUGCUGGGUCAUGACAGGCCCUAACAACCUGCAGUCAAAGGCACGGCAUGUGAAAGCAACAUGGAGUCGUCACUGCAACACGGUGCUGUUCAUGAGCUCGGUGGAGGAUCGUGACUUCCCAACAGUGGGCCUUGGAACAGCAGAAGGACGCGAUCAGCUCUACUGGAAGACCAUCCGAGCCUUCCAGUAUGCCCUGAAAAACCAUGGCGAGGAAGCAGACUGGUUCCUCAAGGCUGAUGAUGACACUUUUGUGGUGGUGGACAACCUGCGCUGGAUCCUGUCCAACUACUCGUCAGAAGAGCCGAUCUACUUCGGCAAGCGCUUCAAACCCUAUGUCAAGCAGGGCUACAUGAGUGGCGGUGCUGGAUACGUGCUCAGCAAGGAGGCACUGAAACGAUUUGUAAAGGGCUUCAGCACCCAAGUAUGCACUCAUACUUCCUCAGUGGAGGAUCUGGCCUUGGGUCAGUGCUUGGAGAAGAUGGGCGUGUUGGCUGGAGACUCGAGGGACAGUGUGCAGCGCGAGACCUUCCACCCAUUUGUCCCGGAGCACCAUCUCACUCAGAUUUUCCCCAAAACCUUCUGGUACUGGAAUUACUGCUACUAUCCCAUAGUGGUGGGUCCACUGUGCUGCUCUGAUCUCGCCGUGUCCUUCCAUUACGUGGACGCUGAGCUGAUGUACAUUCUAGAGUACUACACGUACCACCUGCGGCCUUACGGCUACCAUUACCGCUACCAGCCUCCAGAUCCAUCUCUCCUUAGCACAACAGCUAACACUGAGAGACCGGUGAAGGUCACUGUGAAAGUAGCUCAGCGUGUAGCAGAACAACCAAAGGCGUCCAACCUGACGCAGCCGAGCCAGGCCAGGCCAGAGGGAGAGGGGAAAACAGAAGGGGACUCGGUGCAAAAGACAGUCCAAGAGAAUAAGCCAGCAAACAACAGCACUGCAACGGUACAUGAUAGAACAUCUUCAGGAAGGUGAAAAUGUUGUGUUUUAUGUAGAGAAAGGGAAUGUGUGCAUGGACAUGUAAUGAACAUGGUGAUAUCGUGUUGAUAUUGUGUUGAAAGUUUCUCAGAAGCUAAAGGAAGAGAAACCAGUUUAUUCAAAAUUAUAUCACAGCACUGUUGAAUUCUCAGCCCUGAUUGAUCAGAUGUUGAUUCAUUUUCUCUCUCAGUAAUUCCAGCUGCAAGGCAAAUCACAGGUUUAUAUUAAUGCACUCAUUCUAAUACGUUAUUGUUUCUACAGUUACAGCUAAUUCACCGAGAAAUUGAUAUUGUGAAGCUUUCUGUAAAGAGAUGUUUGUUUAUGGAAUAUUUAUGGAAGGAAUCUUCAGUGUCAGCACUUUGUUACUGUCAGUAAGUUUUCUGACACAGGAGAGGCAUCAGGACAUUAUUAUAGGAAAUGAAACAAGUUUGGACCGGUAAUAGUAACCUGGCUUUGUUUUGGGUUGCCCUCGCACCACCCUGUUGGUCAUUAUAACCAUGCCCUUAUUCCAAGGCAUUCUAAAGUCCUGCAUGUGUAGACUGGUUUCUUCACCCUUAAUUUUACUUUCAGUUCUAAUUUAAUUUCUGCCAGGUAAAACUAGCAGCAUCAACACCGAUGUUCUGGACACCAAUGCAUUUGCCAUCACUGUUACGAGAGUCUCUUUUACUCAUUGGACUGUUGAUUACAUCUUUGGCAGCAGAUAAUUGUUUAGAUAUUCAUUUGAUGUGUGUGUUUCAUUCAUUUCCUGUGCUCCACAUUUAUUUUUUGCUCUGCAGUAUAUGCUGGGAGAAUUCAGACCUGUGUAAAUGAUGAUGAUAAUGAUGUAGUACCUGGACAUGCUGCCUCACCAUACACUGUAAUUAUGAUUUACAGUAAAGACUAAAAUAUCUUUGUACUGAGAAAUGAACACUGACCAUUUGAAAUGUUUUCUCUUAAGUUAUUGUGCAGCAAGUGACAUAUCAAUGUACAGGAUUUAUUUCCCUCUUAAAUUGCCUUGGGCUAAAUUUGAGGUAUAUUUUUCUUUGGAGGAUGAUAAGGUGAUGAUUUCUCUUACUCUUUCUUUCUUUGUUUCUGCUGCUGUUUGUUAAGUUCUAUAACUGUCUCAUUGCAAAGAAACUAUUUUACCACUAAUAAAGCUUGGAGGUCUCUACUGCA